UACCUCAUUUUUGCCUGGCAGGUCAGCUUCUCUGUGUUUCAGUCUGAAGCCGUUGGCUGCUACUGAACCGUUUGGCUCUUUUCUCUACUAGCGAGCAAACCUACGUUCUAGACCCAACUGUCCAUCCAGCUCAUUUUUAAGGGGAUUUAUCAUUAUAUAUGCCCGUGUAUCCAAAACACAUCGGUCAUUGGGGAUUCCUAGCACCGGUUGGCCGGGUCUGACGGCCGUUAUAACGCUUUUUCGAGGUUUAAUUAGAGCUAGAAAACAACGGUAGUGGAGGAGGAGAUUCCAUAUUAGGAGCACAGAGGAGAAGGCACCCCCUUGUGUGAUUUGGAGCUUUUGGUUCUGAGCCCAUGGUACUAGGCCCUGACUGAACGUACUGGUGGGGCGUACAGACGUACUACUGUGGCUAGGUGUGUGCGUGCUGACCUCAUGGUGUAACAGGAGUAAAGAUGAGCAUUAGCAGUGAUGAGGUCAACUUCCUGGUCUACAGAUACCUACAGGAGUCAGGGUUCUCCCACUCAGCAUUUACAUUUGGCAUAGAGAGUCACAUCAGCCAGUCCAACAUCAAUGGUGCUCUGGUUCCCCCUGCUGCCCUCAUCAGCAUCAUCCAGAAGGGCCUGCAGUAUGUCGAGGCUGAAGUCAGCAUCAAUGAGGACGGCACGUUAUUUGACGGGCGGCCCAUAGAGUCUCUGUCCCUGAUUGAUGCUGUGAUGCCGGACGUUGUUCAGACGAGGCAGCAGGCCUACCGGGACAAAAUGGCCCAACAACAGGCUGCUGCUUCAGCACCAACAUCGACCACGGGGGGGAGCAUCGCCGGCAAUGCCAAGAACGGAGAGAAUACUGCCAACGGGGAGGAGAACGGAGCCCAUGCCUUAGCUAACAACCACGCAGACCUGAUGGAGGUAGACGGAGAUGUGGAGAUCCCUCAGAACAAGGCCAUGGUCUUGCGGGGCCACGAGUCCGAGGUCUUCAUCUGUGCCUGGAACCCAGUCAGCGAUCUGCUGGCAUCAGGGUCUGGGGAUUCGACAGCUCGCAUCUGGAACCUGAGUGAAAACAGUACAAGCAGCUCGACGCAGCUUGUCCUGAGACACUGCAUACGAGAGGGGGGGCAGGACGUCCCCAGCAACAAAGACGUCACUUCGCUAGACUGGAAUAGCGAGGGCACGCUGCUAGCAACAGGCUCCUAUGACGGCUUUGCCAGAAUAUGGACUAAGGACGGGAACCUGGCCAGUACACUUGGCCAACACAAAGGUCCCAUCUUUGCCCUUAAGUGGAAUAAAAAAGGCAAUUUUAUCCUCAGUGCAGGAGUAGACAAGACAACAAUCAUAUGGGAUGCCCAUACAGGAGAAGCCAAACAACAGUUUCCCUUCCAUUCAGCUCCAGCACUAGACGUGGACUGGCAGAGCAACAAUACAUUUGCCUCCUGUAGUACAGACAUGUGCAUCCACGUCUGUAAACUGGGACAGGACCGACCCAUUAAAACAUUCCAGGGACACACGAAUGAAGUAAAUGCAAUCAAGUGGGAUCCCACAGGGAACCUGCUAGCCUCCUGCUCGGACGACAUGACACUGAAGAUCUGGAGUAUGAAGCAGGACUCGUGUGUCCAUGACCUGCAGGCCCACAGUAAAGAAAUCUACACCAUCAAAUGGAGUCCCACCGGCCCUGGAACCAACAACCCCAGCGCCAACCUCAUGCUAGCCAGUGCAUCGUUCGACUCCACGGUUCGUCUGUGGGACGUGGAGAGAGGCAUCUGUAUCCAUACGCUGACCAAACACCAGGAGCCGGUCUACAGCGUGGCCUUUAGCCCAGACGGGCGACAUCUGGCCAGUGGCUCCUUUGACAAAUGCGUGCACAUCUGGAAUACACAGACGGGUGCUUUGGUCCACAGUUACAGAGGGACGGGGGGAAUCUUUGAGGUUUGCUGGAAUGCAGCGGGGGACAAAGUGGGAGCCAGCGCAUCAGACGGAUCUGUGUGUGUACUAGACCUUCGGAAAUAGUGCUGCCGUUUGUUGGAAGCCAUGGACCGACCAUGAAUGUGUACAUAGCCAAAUGACUGUCCCAGCCUGCCCUGCGUACUGCUCACGCUUACGACUAUUGGCCCCGCCGACCGACAAACAGGAAGCAGGAAACAGGAACAGGAAGCAAGCACGCACCCUCCCGACACAGCAGGUCCAGACACAGGGAUGAACAGAAGGACAGACAGACAGAAGGGUGGAUCGACGGGCGGAUGGAAACGCCCCUCUCUAUAUGGGGAGACUCUUACAGAGAUGCCGAAGGGACGCAGUGGAAAAAAAGUAAAAACUUGACAAAAAAAACUAAAACAAAGUUACAGAUCCGUAUAUGUACCAAAAUUUGGAAGCUAUUUAGCUUUUUUGAUCUUUAAACCAUGCUCAUUGUCAUCAAAAUGAAAAA